UGUGCGAGGCCCGGGCUGUUGUGCUCUGGGCUCUGCUUGGUCCUUCCUCUGCGGGUGACGGAGGCCUGAAGUGGUGCAGGACUCGACCCUUCCUUCCCUACUCGUCCUGCCCAGCUCUUCUCGCACUGCGCGGUCUCUCGGACGCCAGACAGGCCCGGCCCGGAUAUGGCUUGUGGACAGCAGAAGAUUCAGUCUCAGCAGAAAAAUGCCAAAAAGCAGGCUGGACAAAAGAAGAAACAAGGACAUGACCAAAAGGCUGCUGCCAAAGCUGCCUUAAUAUAUACCUGCACCGUCUGUAAGACACAAAUGCCAGACCCCAAGACCUUCAAGCAGCACUUUGAGAGCAAGCACCCUAAGACUCCACUUCCUCCAGAAUUGGCUGAUGUUCAGGCAUAAAGUUGUUUACAGGUGACUUCAUGACACCUUUGAUACUGUCUCA